AAAUUUAUUUUUUUUAUAGAAAUUGAUGAAACAUCAGUUUAACUUUAAUAAAAACAUUAGAAAUUUUCUAUUUUAUUUAAAGUUGAGUAAAUAUAAAUAGCAAAAAUUUUGCUUAAAUUUCAACAAACACUAUUGGCAUCUGCAUUGAGUUGCAGACGUAUAACAGUGGCCACCGUGAAGUGUGGAAGAAUGUUGGGCGAUGGCGAGGAGGAUACUCGAAAUGGAGAAAUAUUAGAAGAAGAAAUGCCUGAAGUGAAUUGGCGUGGCUGUUCGAUGGCGGAGAUUUAUCGCAACCUAAAUCCAUUUGAAUUGGAUCAUUUGCCUGCUGUUAAACCGUCUGAGUCUCAUACAGUUUUACAUCAUUAUCCCAUACGUAAUGAUGAGACUGAACCACCUAAACCUUUGAAGUGUCAUCCCAAAUGGGAUGCUUUGCAUGUAAGACUGCCCUGUUCAUCAAAGUCCCAGUAUCCUGUGGUGCAAGAAGAUGGUUCCUCCACCAUUGAAAAUCGUUGGGAAAUGAUCGAAAAAGCUUUACUUAGACCCAUACAAAAUUCUCAUGACCUACAGGCGGCCAUAUUGUCGUAUAACACCAAAUAUGAGGGCCAGUGGAAUUUUCGAGCUUUACAUAAACUUUUCGGCGAAGAGUAUGAUGAGGAUGAAUCGAAAAUAUUCUUUGAUAAUUUAUUGCCGCGUAUAAUACGCUUAGCCUUAAGGCUGCCAGAGUUGGUGCAGGCACCAAUUCCUUUGCUUAAGCAGGGCAAGUGUCAUGCCGUCACCUUGACACAGGAACAAAUCUCUUGUCUUUUGGCCAAUGCCUUCCUGUGCACAUAUCCAAGACGUAAUACUUUAAAGAAAAAGUCUGAGUACAGUACAUUUCCAGAUAUUAACUUCAAUCGAUUGUUUCAAUCGUCUGGGGCGGCUGUUAUGGAGAAAAUUAAAUGUAUUUGCCACUACUUUCGUAGAGUUUGUCCGCUGGAGGAUGAUCGCAGCAAUGUGCCCACCGGAUGUGUAACCUUUGAGAGACGCUAUAUGCAUCAUAAUGAUAUACCAAAUUGGUCGGAAUCUAAUAUACCAUUGGGUAUAACACCUCUUCACAUAACCUCCGAUGGCACAAUAGAGGACGAAGGUUUGGGACUGCUGCAAGUAGACUUUGCCAAUAAAUACUUGGGCGGCGGUGUUUUGGGUAGUGGUUGUGUCCAGGAGGAGAUACGUUUUGUUAUUUGCCCGGAAUUAAUUGUUUCAAAACUAUUCACCGAGGUUUUAAGACCAACAGAGGCCCUACUCAUGGUGGGAUGUGAACGUUAUAGUAAUUACACGGGUUAUGCUAAUUCCUUUCAGUGGGCUGGUAAUCAUGAAGACAAUACACCCCGUGACUCUUCAAGACGACUCAUGUGUCACAUAGUGGCCAUUGAUGCUUUGCACUUUCAAGAUUCUGCCCAUCAGUAUCAUGAGGAACUAAUGCUGCGCGAAUUGAACAAAGCUUAUGUAGGCUUCUCCACCUCUCUCACUACCUUAGCGCCUGGCGUGGCUUCUGGCAACUGGGGCUGUGGUGCUUUUGGUGGUGAAGCUACUCUCAAGGCUUUGUUGCAGUUAAUGGCCUGUACAGUUACCACACGGCCCCUUGUAUAUUUCACUUUCGGCAAUGAGGAAUUGCGUGACCAAGUCCAUAAAAUGCAUACCUUCUUUAUUGAGAACAACGUUUUGGUCAAAGAUCUAUGGUCGGUUUUGAGAAAAUUCUACGCUCGCAAAUUGGCCGCCAAGGAACUGUACACAUUUUUGUAUAACGAAUUGGAAAAAAUAAAGCGCAGUCAGCGGGAACAACCUAUCAGAAACGAAGCGAACCAACCGAAUAAUGAUGUCGAAAAGGUUGACAUGAAAACCACAACAUUGAAUAGUAUGUCCAUUACCCCACGACCAUCCAAAAAUCGGUCGCCCCCCUCAAACGCCAAACGCAGUCUCGAGGUAAGUCAGGAUAUAUUUGCUUCCACGUCACCAGAAUGUGAAAAUUCCCAAACGUCAACGACACCACCCCCAGCAACUAUAGAUCUGUCCAUAUCCGAUGAUAGUGAGACGGACGAAUUGAUGCUGAUGGUGGCAUCUCAAGAAGCAUGUGUUAUUAAUAAAUCCACACCGAAAAAAGUACUUGAUAAAAAAGUGGACAAAAUAUCACCCCCAAAUGGCGGCUCACCAGCAAAAACAAUUGCAAAACCCCGACAACGUACACUCCUAGAAAUGUUGGAUCAAUCAUAUAAUCAAGCCGGUCCAGCCACAAAGAAAUAUUGUGCUAGUAGUAAAUCACCUAAAGAAUCCAAAAAGAACUAAAACUCAAUAUUUUUAUUUUUUUUUUUUUUUUUUUUAAAUUAAGGUCCAUAACAAAAUUUUAAUAUAACAUAAUUGUAUGCAUACAUAUAUUUUGUUUCUCUUUUUGUUUGUUAGUGAAAAAAAACGUAAAUAAAUAAUUUUAUCUUAUUAUAAAUGAUAAAGAA